CAUACGCCCGAAUGAUCGGAACAAGCCCUAAUAUCGAAACUUGAAACACGAUAUGUCGAUCAACGGAAUAUCGAUAUUUACGAGUUCGACUCGCGAUAUUCAUGUUUUGACAAAAUGUCGAUUACAAGUCAGACACGUGUUAUUCACAUUUGAUGUGAAAUUGAAUAACGAGCUUGACUCGUGAUAUUUAAGUUUGGCCUAAAAUUUUUAUCACGAGUCAGACUCGUGAAAAUAGUGCAAGGGGUUAACACGUAAUUGCUCAAUAAAAAACAGGAAAAAGUACUUACUUGAUAUGCAAAAUAUUUUCUGUAGAUCGUAGGUAGCGCCACAUGUCACGUUUAGUUUCGGAGUGUUUUUGAGGCGAAUCAGAUGAAAGGUUUAACCCGUUUAACAGGUGCAAGAAAAUAGAGCCAAAGUAAGCGCCGAAUUGAAAAAAGUGUAUUUUUGUAUCUAUCGUUACACGAUACUGUGUAAAAGAAAGAAUGUCGAGUAGUUAUGCGAGUAGUUCUGGUGAUGAAUCGUAUAGCGGAGACACCACCCCUGCCUGGGUGUUAUACAAGUACCGCAAAAAAUGGCGUGACGUGGCUCCAGUACCACAGGAUGAUGGCCCUAAUAAUAUUGUUGCAAUUAAUUAUUCCGAGGAAUUCAGGGACUGCUAUGACUAUUUCCGAGCAAUUUUAAAGUCUGGUGAAAAGUCAGAGCGUGCAUUAUCUUUAACGGCAGCUUGUAUCUGGUGUAAUCCAGUAAAUUAUGCAGUAUGGCAAUACAGAAGAGAGAUACUUAAAGUUCUUGGAAAAGAUCUACGAAUCGAGUUACUGUUUGUUAAUAGAAUGAUAACACAUAGUUCUAAAAAUUUUCAAAUCUGGCACCAUAGAAAAGUUAUUGUCGAAUGGCUCCAAGAUGCUAGUGGUGAAUUAGAAUUUACAAGAAAUCGUCUAAAACUGGAUGCUAAGAAUUAUCAUGUUUGGCAAUAUCGUCAGUGGUGUAUACAAACAUUUGAUCUAUAUAGUGAAGAACUAGACUAUGUGGAACAUUUGCUGGAAAUUGAUGUUCGCAAUAAUUCUGCCUGGAAUCAACGGUAUUUUGUAUUAAGUAACACAACAAAAUUUGAACAAAGUGUAAUAGACAGAGAAAUUGAUUUUGUCUUCCGUAAAAUAAUGUUAGUGAAGAGAAAUGAAAGUGCAUGGAAUUACUUAAGAGGUAUUUUGAUGCAAGAUAGCAGUGGCCUGGGUAACAACAAAAAAGUAAGAAAGUUGUGCGAGGAAUUAUAUUUUGAUGGAUGUCGUGUUAAUCCUUUAUUGGCCUGUAUUAUAGACAUUUGUCUAGAAAGACCAAUAUCGGAUGUGUCAGAUCAAUCAAUAUUCCAUAUUAAUAAUGCUCUCAAGCUAUGUAAAGACUUAUCUGAAAAACACGACGUAAUAAGAAGGAGAUACUGGUAUUAUGUCGGUCGUCUAUUACAAAAAAAGUUGGAGUUGAAGUCUUAACCAUUUCUUUACAAGUAUGUAGAUUACAUUUUUAUAAAGCCACACUCUUUGCUAUUAAAAUAUUGUAAUCGUUUUACUUGAAAAGACCUGUAUUAUAAGUUUCUAUGUUGAAAUAACAGUGAAUGUAUCAACAUAAAAUA